AUGGGCCUGCCAGGCCGAAGGUCCAGUUCUGGGGAUGUCCUGGGAGGCAGCAAUGGAGCCUCGUCCGUUAGGCUCAGACCCAGGAGCUGCUCCCUGGAGAGAAUCCUGGAUGUAUCGCCAGAGUCCGACUCAUGCUCCCGACUCAAGUUGUACCAGUCUACCGAGAGUCUGGCGUCCUGCAAAAGUAACAAUGGCAGCAAGUACAGCACCCCACCUCAGAAUAAAACAGACUCUCAGCCAGACAGCUGCCCUAACUCUGAAUCCCAAGGCUUUGUCACCAUGGCAACUCCUCCCAGUUGUGACACCAGUUCAGGUCUCCUCCAGCCUCAGUUGGAGCAGGUGGCCAUUGAGGCUCUGCAGCUCUGCACCCUGUUGCUGCCCCCUGCCAGCUGGAGGAAGCUCCAGCUGCUGAUGAGAAUGAUCUCCCGGAUGAGUCAGAACGUGGACCUGCCUCGGCUCCAUGAUGCCAUAGCAACACACACACUGAUGGUGCAUACGUUCUCUCACUGCAUGCUGGGCUGUGAGGAAGAGAUGGACCUGGAUGAGCUGCUGGCCACCAGACUGGUCUCCUUCCUCAUGGACCAUCACCAGGAGAUCCUCCAGGUGCCCGUCUAUCUGCAGAACGCAGUCCAGGACCACAUCAAUUAUGAGCCUGUUCUCUUUCCUCUCCUAGAUAAAAUACCAGGCAGUGUUGGUGCCCCAGUGCCCGUCUACUCCUUUUGUAGACGGAUCAGCACCAAAGAGUUUGAGGAGCAGAAGCUGAGUGUCUCCCAGGCUGCCAUCGCUGACCUGCUGGAGAGCCUGGUCAAAGACAAGAACAUGUCUAUGAAGGACAGGAAGAAGAAUCUUAAGCAGUUUCAGAGGCAGUAUCCAGACAUUUACGCACGCAAUUUUCCCACUACUGUUCUUGCAGCUAAAUGA